CUUAAAGAGAAUUUGGUUAUGGUUUAUAUGAGUAAUAAUCGAGAAUUAUAUAUUUUGUUUGAAGAGGUCUCAACUUCGAUGCAAGCGAGAGAAAUUCUUAGGGUUCAGAAGUUCAUAUUCUUUUGCUAGGAAGGCGGUAUAAUCUAUAGCUUCAGGAAAAAAGAGGGAAAAUAAUCACGCCAAGGUAAAAAGGGAGAAAAAAAGAGAGAGAAAAGGAAGAGAAUUCAGGAGAAAGCCAUGGAACUUGAAGCAAUUAUAAGGGAACAAGUUGAUCUGGAGAACAUACCCAUAGAGGAAGUCUUUGAAAAUCUAAAAUGCACAAAAGAAGGACUAACCUCUGAUCAAGUGAAAGAGAGGCUAGACUUGUUUGGACACAACAAGCUUGAAGAAAAGAAGGAAAGUAAAAUACUCAAGUUUUUGGGGUUUAUGUGGAAUCCACUGUCAUGGGUCAUGGAAGCUGCUGCUAUCAUGGCCAUUGCCAUGGCUCAUGGAGGGGGAGAAGGUUGGGAUUAUCAAGAUUUUACCGGCAUUGUUAUACUGCUACUUGUAAACUCCACAAUCAGUUUCAUAGAAGAAAACAAUGCUGGUAAUGCAGCAGCAGCACUCAUGGCAAGAUUGGCCCCAAAAGCAAAGGUACUCCGUGAUGGAAAAUGGAGCGAAGAAGAUGCAUCUGUGUUGGUUCCUGGAGAUAUAAUCAGCAUCAAGCUAGGUGACAUCAUUCCUGCCGACGCACGUCUCCUUGAAGGAGAUCCUUUGAAGAUCGAUCAGUCUGCUCUUACUGGAGAGUCACUUCCUGUUUCAAAACAUCCUGGAGAUGGAGUAUAUUCUGGUUCAACAUGCAAGCAAGGAGAAAUUGAAGCAGUAGUUAUUGCAACUGGAGUUCACACAUUCUUUGGAAAGGCGGCGCAUCUUGUGGAAAACACCACACAUGUUGGACAUUUCCAGAAGGUUUUGCAAUCUAUUGGGAACUUCUGCAUCUGUUCCAUUGCUAUUGGGAUGCUCAUUGAAAUCAUAGUGAUAUAUGGCCCGCAGCAAAGGAAAUACCGAGUUGGUAUCGAUAACCUCCUUGUGUUACUGAUUGGUGGUAUCCCUAUUGCAAUGCCAACUGUCCUUUCAGUUACAAUGGCUAUUGGUUCACACAAAUUGUCUCAGCAGGGUGCUAUAACAAAGAGAAUGACUGCAAUUGAAGAAAUGGCCGGAAUGGAUGUCCUAUGCAGUGAUAAAACAGGCACAUUAACACUCAACAAGCUUACAGUGGACAAGAAUCUAAUUGAGGUCUUUGCUGAUGGAGUUAAUCAGGACAUGGUUGUACUUAUGGCUGCAAGGGCAUCAAGGCUAGAGAACCAAGAUGCAAUUGAUUGUGCAAUUGUCUCUAUGUUAGCAGACCCAAAGGAGGCACGAGCUGGAAUAACUGAAAUUCACUUCCUUCCAUUCAAUCCAACAGAUAAAAGAACUGCACUUACAUACACCGAUGCUGCUGGUAAGAUGCACAGGGUUAGCAAAGGUGCACCAGAGCAGAUUCUCAACCUUGCACAUAACAAGUCAGAAAUUGCACAGAGGGUACAUGCAAUUAUAGACAAAUUUGCCGAACGUGGCCUUCGCUCACUGGCUGUUGCCCACCAGGAAGUACCUGAGGGAACCAAAGAAAGUUUAGGGGGUCCGUGGGAAUUUGUCGGCCUACUCCCUCUAUUUGAUCCUCCCCGCCACGAUAGUGCUGAAACAAUCAGAAGAGCUCUUAAUCUUGGUGUGAGUGUCAAAAUGAUCACUGGUGAUCAGCUUGCAAUUGCUAAGGAAACAGGAAGGCGUCUUGGAAUGGGCUCUAACAUGUAUCCUUCUUCAUCGCUGCUAGGAGAAAGCAAAGAUAAUUUUGCUUCUGUUCCCGUCGAUGAUCUUAUAGAGAAUGCAGAUGGUUUCGCUGGUGUCUUUCCUGGUAAGUAUAAUAGCAAUCACAGAAAAGCUCUAAUCCAAAUUCUUGUCUAUUUUCUGAUUAUAUAUGUUCCCUCAGAGCACAAAUAUGAGAUUGUGAAGAGGUUACAAGCUAGAAAGCACAUUUGUGGGAUGACUGGUGAUGGAGUGAAUGAUGCACCAGCUCUGAAGAUAGCUGACAUAGGUAUCGCUGUAGCAGAUGCAACAGAUGCUGCAAGAAGUGCCUCUGACAUAGUUCUAACAGAACCUGGGUUGAGUGUGAUCAUAAGUGCUGUUUUAACUAGCCGUGCAAUUUUCCAAAGAAUGAAAAACUACACAAUAUAUGCUGUAUCUAUCACCAUCCGUAUUGUGGUUGGCUUUAUGUUACUCACAUGCAUUUGGGAAUUUAACUUUCCUCCCUUUAUGGUUCUUGUCAUAGCCAUUCUCAACGAUGGUACCAUCAUGACAAUAUCUAAAGAUAGGGUUAAGCCUUCUCCAAGUCCUGAUAGUUGGAAGCUGAGUGAGAUUUUUGCAACUGGGAUUGUCCUAGGAGGUUAUCUGGCUCUAAUGACAGUGAUAUUCUUCUGGGCAGCGUAUAAAACACACUUUUUUCCUAACCAUUUUGAUGUGAGACAUCUCCACGGAGAUCUUCAUGGUCCACCUACUCAUGAAGAGAGUAAAAUGCUAGGAGCUGCUAUAUAUCUUCAAGUCAGUAUAAUUAGUCAAGCCUUAAUUUUUGUGACUCGCUCAAGGGGAUGGUCCUAUACAGAAAGACCCGGUGUUUUGCUUAUGAUCGCUUUUGUUAUAGCUCAACUGAUUGCAACUAUUGUAUCUGCCCUUCUCUCUUGGGAGCUAGCAGGAAUCAAAGCCAUAGGGUGGGGUUGGACGGGAAUCAUCUGGGUCUACUCUAUUAUAACUUACUUGUUUUUGGAUCCUAUAAAGUUUGCUGUUCGUUAUGCAUUAAGCGGAAGAGCUUGGAAUUUGGUGGUAGACAAACAUACUGCAUUUAUCAACAAAAAUGACUUUGGUAGAGAAGCUCGUGAAGCUCAAUGGGCUGCUGAGCAGAGAACCUUACAUGGUCUCCAGUCUGCUGACAUGAAAGUUGAGAAGCACACUUUCAGGGAAAUAAAUACACUAGCUGACGAGGCCAAGAGGCGUGCAGAAAUAGCAAGGAUGAGAGAGCUUCACACUCUGAAAGGAAGGGUGGAAACAAUGGGCAAGCUAAAGGGUUUAGAUGUGGAUGCAAUCAACAGUCAUUACACAGUAUAAGACCAAUUCAGCUCUCAAGUGGCAUCUUCUUCAUAUCCGUUGUAUUUUGUGGCUUUCUUAUGUUUCAGAUUAUGGCAUUUACUUCAAUAAUGUUUCCAUUAGAGAUUGAACAUAAUCCUAUUUCUUCAAGUUUCAACUGCUCUCCUUUGUUCGAGGGUAACUUCUUAUGUAAUUAAUAACAUAGUAAAAUGAACUGAGGAAAAUAAAUGAAAUAAACACCAAUUGUUAU